AUGCACACCGAGGAAGAUGGCGGUGGACAAGGGACAAUCCGAGCGUCCCCCCGCCGGGAGGCUUCACUAGGAUUCACGGACUUGGAUGUACUCGCAAGCAGGCUCGAGCAGGACGGCGAUCACUACGAAGCCUUGGCUGCCUUAGGCGAGUUUCUUGGGCCCGCGGUAGAGACGCGUGCAACAGCAGAGGAAAUUGCAGAGCUGCCAGUAGCCAAAGUGGAGCUCGUCAGUCGUCGCAGGACGAAGGAUGGCAAGAUUAAGCAAAAGCUUAGUGUCACGGGCCUCAGGGUGGACCGCUGCACGAUCUGUCAGAUGCAAUUUCGCCCUGAUCAGAUGGCGUGCAUCUUCCCUUGCUUGCACAUCUUCCAUGACAGCUGCGCCAGUAGGCUCUUGAAGACUGUUAGAACAUGUCCUCAUUGUCGUCGGGACAUCGCAGAGCCAUCGUCGCCAAGAAUCCUCGAAGGCGUGGUUUAA